CGAGUUCUUGAUAAUUCAGAGUCUUUCAUGUCCUCUGGGAUACACAUCACUUUCUCUCUCCUCUGGUCUUGAUUCACUUUUUUUUCCUAACAAGGUAUUGUAAUUUGUAAGUGGAGAAGCUGAAAUUUUUGGUUGAGUAGUAAGGGUUGUAUAAGUUCGAUUUACAGAUUAUGGCUGGUCAGAGGAAUAAGUAUGGUAAGAGAGAUCACUCUCAGGAAUAUCCAGAUAAUGGAGGAGGAGGUAAGAGGAGAAACUCUGGAGGUGAUGAUAGACAUAACUAUGCACCUGGACCAGAGGAUACUGUAUACCGUUACUUAUGCCCAGGAAGAAAGAUUGGUAGUAUAAUAGGUAGAGGUGGUGAGAUUAUUAAACAAUUGAGAGCAGAUAGUCAAUCUAAGAUAAGAAUUGGGGAGGAGAUGCCAGGUUGUGAAGAGAGGGUUGUUACAAUUUUUAGUACGAAUAGGGAAACUAAUACGUUUGAGGACAAUGGUGAUUUGAUCUGUCCGGCACAAGAUGCGUUGUUUAGGGUACAUGAUCGGCUUAUAGCUGACGAGGCAGCUGCAGCAGAUGAAGAUAUUGAAGGGGGUCAGCAAUCUACGAUACGUUUACUUGUGCCGUCAGAUCAGAUUGGUUGUAUUAUUGGGAAAGGUGGGCAGAUAGUUCAAGGGAUAAGAAGUGAUACUGGUGCGCAGAUUAGGAUUCUGAAGAAUGAACAUCUCCCUCCUUGUGCUAUGGGUUCUGAUGAGCUUCUUCAGAUAAGUGGGGAAGUCCCAGUCGUAAAGAAGGCUCUUCUCCAAGUAUCUUCCCGACUUCACGAUAAUCCUUCUCGCUCCCAACAUUUUCUCGCUCCAUCCGUUCCAAACAUAUAUCAGCCAGCUGGAGGUUACAUGGGGCCAGGUGGAGGUGCUCCUAUCGUGGGUUUAACUCCGCUUAUGGGACCAUAUGGUGGAUACAAAGGUGAUGCGGGAGGUGAUUGGGCUUCGAACCCUUUUUACCCUGUUCCAAGGGAUGAGGGCUCUGCGAAGGACUUUGCUCUGCGUAUGGUUUGUCCAACUGGAAAUAUUGGUAGUGUGAUUGGUAGGGGUGGUUCAAUAAUCAAGCAAAUCAGACAGGAGUCUGGGGCCUACAUUAAGGUUGAUAGUUCAGCUACUGAAGGUGAUGAUUGCAUAAUAUCUAUCUCGUCAAAAGAGUUUUUUGAAGACCCCAUCUCUCCAGCUAUCGAUGCUGCAGUGAGAUUGCAGCCAAGAUGUAGCGAAAAAAGUGAGAAAGAGGCUGGUGAAUCUUAUACAACACGUUUACUUGUGCCGUCCUCCCGCAUUGGAUGUCUCAUUGGGAAAGGUGGAGCUAUCAUCUCCGAGAUGAGGAGAAUUACAAGAGCAAAUAUUCGCAUUCUGUCGAAGGAAAACCUUCCAAAAGUUGCAUCAGCAGAUGAUGAGAUGGUUCAGAUCAGUGGAGAACUUGAAGUUAUUCGGGAUGCUCUGAUACAAGUAGGAACACGGUUGAAAGCCAAUUUUUUUGACAGAGAGGGUGGAGUGUCUGCAUUUCCACCUGCUGUUCCAUACUUUCCCAUGCCAGCAGAGGUCCCAGAAGAUUCCAGGUAUGGAAGCAGAGAUAGGAGAGACAUGAGAGACAGUAGAGACAUGAGAGAUAGCAGAGACAUGAGAGACAGUAAAUCGCAUGGACGUGGAUAUUCUUCCUACUCUGGUAGUGGAUAUGGUGGUUCAAGUGAUUUACCUCCCAUAGACAGCUAUGGAAGUUACGGUGGUUCACAGAGUGGUAGUGGUGGGUAUGGCGCCUAUGGGAGCUACUCUUCUGGUCGUUCUGGUAGUGCAGGGUUAUCUGGUCAAAACCCUGUUUCCCAUGGAAAACAUCAUGGUUAUUAGGCACUCUGGUGAUUAGGGCUUGCAGCAGACAUCAAUGAAGCCCGAAGCCAGCCUUACUGCCUCUUUUGAUGAAGCCUUCCAGCCUAGACCAGAAGACAAGCCCGGAAGAACAGCGUGUGUGAAACCAAUGGCCCACCAACCUUUUGCAGACUUGAGACCAAAUCUUACCAAGCUCCAUUGUUUAAUGCCUCAAAAGGCCAAUGUAACCAGAGUUUUAUUUGACUUGUAGAAACAUAAUCCCGUUUUCUUUAUACGUUUCAUGUGCUUGUGGUCACGCCUCUCUCUUUAGUGUUUGCAUUUGUUUUUAUUAGGAAGAGUAUUUUUUUUCUUCAGAUUAAAUCAACUCUCCUGUGUUUGUAUUUUAUGGUUCUACCUUUGAUGACUUGAUAGUAGAAGCUUGUGUGUUUAAUGGUGAUUAGUGAACCACUUCCUAACUUUCAGCUUGUAAAUAUAUAUACAUCAUGUCAAUGUGCAA